UCUUCUUCUACAGCAGCUUUAUCGGUUGAGCUAAACCCUUCAGAACACUAAACCCCGGAGCAAAGCAGAAAAAAAAAGCUUACAAAUUUUAAUCAAUGGGAACGAAGAACAAAGCAUCAAAAAAAUUGAGCAAAAAAUCCUCUGGGGUUGAAGAAAAUACAGAUGAAGUGAUGCCUAAAUCAUCUACGAAGCAAAAUGUGAUGUCACAUGUGGAGCAGUUGAAAAGACUCCAAGAAAAGGAUCCUGAGUUUUAUCAAUUCUUGCAAGAGCAUGACAAGGAACUCCUUGAAUUUGACGACAAGGAUAUUGAUGAUGAUGCCGAGACUGAAAUGGAUGGCGACGAAAUAGAAGAAGCUGAUGAAGGUGAUGAAUUUGACACUGAACAACUUGUUCAUGCAGAUGGAAAGGAGGUCAAGGCAUCCACAAGUGUCAUCACUAGUGCAAUGUUGGACUCCUGGUGUGGUUCUAUUCAUGAAAAUAGGAGUUCGGGGGCUAUUAGGUCUCUCAUGAGAGCUUUCCGAACAGCUUGUCAUUACGGUGAUGAUGCUGGUGAAGAUGCUAAGUCAAAGUGGAGUACCAUGUCUAGUAGUGUGUUCAACAAGAUAAUGUUAUUUGUUCUAAAAGAAAUGGACGGAAUUCUUCGUGGCCUGUUGAAAUUACCAACUUCUGGUGGGCAGAAGCAGAUGAUAAAGGAUAUAUCCAAUACUAAACGUUGGAAGAGCAACAACCACUUGGUGAAAUCAUAUCUCGGAAAUGCUCUACAUGUUCUAAACCAGAUGACUGAUACAGAAAUGAUAUCAUUUACAUUACGAAGACUCAGAUUCUCAUCUGUAUUUUUGGCUGCUUUUCCAGUUCUUUUAAGGAAAUAUAUGAAGGUUCUUCUUCAUUUCUGGGGUACAGGCGGAGGUGCACUACCAGUUGUCUCUUUUCUGUUUCUAAGAGACCUGUGUAUGCAGCUUGGUUCUGAUUGCAUUGACGAGUGCAUUAGAGGAAUGUAUAAAGCUUAUUUGUUGAACUGCCAAUUCAUGAGUGCAACUAAGCUGCAGCAUAUUCAGUUUCUUGGUAAUUGUUUCGUUGAACUACUUAGGGCGGAUCUUCCCAAUGCUUACCAGCAUGCCUUUGUUUUCAUUCGGCAAUUAGCAAUGAUUUUACGGGAAGCACAUAGUGGUGGUACUAAGACCAAGAAAUCGUCUCAAAAGACUAACCAAUCAUCCAAGGAAGCACACAAUACUAAGGCCAAGGAGUCAUUUCUGAAGGUUUACCAGUGGAAGUAUAUACAUUGUCUUGAGCUGUGGACUGCAGCUAUCUGUGCUUACAGUUCAGAACCAGAUUUUAGGCCCCUGGCUUAUCCACUGACACAAAUAAUUUCUGGAGCAGCACGUUUGGUUCCAACUGCUCGCUAUUUUCCUCUUAGAUUGCGAUGCAUCAAAAUGCUCAACAGAAUUGCUGCCUCCACCAAUUCUUUUGUUCCUGUUUCCACGCUCCUUUUAGACAUGCUGGAGAUAAAAGAAUUGCAUAGGCCUCCAACAGGGGGAGUUGGAAAAGCCAUAGAUUUUCGUACUGUUUUAAGGGUUAGCAAACUUACGUUGAAAACGAGAGCAUUUCAGGAAGCAUGUGUUUUAUCUGUGGUUGAGGAGCUUGCUGAGCAUCUUGCUCAUUGGAGCUACUCAGUUGCUUUCUUUGAGCUGUCUUUUGUCCCUGUUGUUAGGUUGCGCAACUUCUGCAAGUCCACCAAUGUCGAAAGAUUCCGUCGUGAAACAAGGCAAAUCAUUCGCGAGAUUGAAGCCAAUUCAGAGUACACAAACAAGAAACGCACGACAGUUUCAUUUCUACCUAAUGACCCAGCGGCAGCAUCUUUUCUUGAGGAUGAUAAGAAUGCAGGAGUGAGUCCUCUAUCAAAAUAUGUCGCCAUGCUCCGACAGAGAGCACAACAGAGAAACGAUUCAUUAAAGGAAUCCAGUGUACUUGUUGGUCAAAACUCAGCCGUCUUUGGGACUAAGAUAACUGAAAGUGAUGAUGAUGACGACGAUGAUGAUGGUAAAGAUAGCAAAGGAGAUGCUGUCUUCAGUUCUUCUUGGCUACCUGCAGGCAAUACCAAGGCCGAGCAGUCUACAGAGGAGAAACAAAAGAAAAAGAAGAGAAGGAAGGAGCUGCAAGAUGAGACUGCUUUUGAUGAAGACAUUGUAGAGGAUUUUAUCCUCAGUUCUGAUGGUGAGGACGGUUCCGUGAGUGACACCCCCUCCGACGAAGAAGUUAGCAUAAAACAGAAGUCAUCUGUAGAGCCUUCAAAGAAGAAAGGGAAAUCUCAUGGGAAAAAGAACAGGAAAAGGAAGCGAUCCAAAGCAGUAGCAUCUGCUGUCUGAUGAUUCUUGUAGUGCUAAACUGAUCUUGAAGAAUGAACAAGAACAGUUUUGCAAUGAGCCAAUUUGUCCAGUGUAAGUUUGCUAUAAGCAUAAAUUAUUUAUCCUGUAAAAGUCAGCUAUCAAUUUUGUUUUUUAUCCUUUUUUUGGUGCCCAAAUAGGAAAGACUGCGUAUAGACAAUUCAUAUAACUAAUCCCAACUAGUUGGGGAUUGAGAUGUAAUUGAUUGAUUGAUCCAUUUCUUUUUUGGCGCUUAUCUCUUUGCCUGUUCUUUUUUA